AUGGAAUUUCUUGAUCCUGAACUGGAAAAUGUUAAUAAAGACUGUUUUAGUCUUGACUUUUCACCAGAAGCAAUCGACUCAUCUCUGCGUACACCUCUUGUUUCGCAGAAAUACGGGGUUUGUAAAUAUAGUACACAGUAUCUCAAGUUUACGAAUGUUCCCGCAUCGGUCUCCUCAGUGGAUGUCACGAAAGCCUGCAAUCAGUUCUUCGACGAUUUCUCACGGACUCUUAUUAUAACCAUCACCGGGCGUGCCCAUGAAACUGCAAAGGCAAUCUUCAGUGUAGAAUCCCACAUCACACAGAAUCUUGCGGGUCUUGAAGACCAAGUCUGCACCGGUCGAUCUCUUGUGUUUGAGGUUGCCUUCUCGGAAUCGCCCACGAAACUCCAUCAAGAGGCCAUAUGGUGGUUGGCCAACUCACAAGGACGACUGGAUUUAGUUAUUACAAUGCGUAUCCAUGAACAAGUCGCCAGAAUUACCUUUGAGACUCACGUUCUCACCCAACCUCCAAAGGGAGAUCUCUUCGCAAUUGUCCCCGCUUUCAGAGAGAUAUUCGGCAGCAAGUAG